CCAGGCCUGUUUAUGCGCAUGCGUGCAUAGUUAUGAAUUUAUUAGCAAAAAGGUCCAUGCAUGGCCAUGGAGCCUCGAACUGAAUGGAGGAUAAGACAGUGGUAACAGUGUUUUGGUUCCCGCCCCAUAUUGCAUUGUGUACAAACGUGCAUAUAAGCGAUAGAACACGCAGGGCACCGUACACAUGCCGCUUUGAGUUCUGUGGGAGAGGAACUUCGCUUCAUUUUUGCUUCAUUUGAGCUGGAAGGAACCGCAUCCACAUUGCAAAUAUGCCGUUCAGCUACGUGAGAAAGAGUUUUUUUGCCGCUCAACCCUCGACGACACGAGGUUCUCCAUUUAUCCUCGGUGGGGAUCCAAAAGGCAAAAAAUUCCUGUAUGUGAACGAGAAAAAUGUCUUCAUCAGAGACAUUGAGAAUCCUGCAAUAUGCGACAUGUAUUGCGUGCACGAAAUAAUUCUGACCGUAGCCAAGUAUGCUCCCAGUGGUAACUACAUAGCAUCUGCAGGUACGUGUUGAGCAUGUUUGGGUUUG